AUGAUUACCCCGCGCAAGGUUCUGCUUGCCCUCAUAUCCGUGGUCACCUUUAUCGUCCUCCUCCGCUCGUUCCGAACCCCCGAAGUCCCAGGCGCGCCCGGGUAUAGGCCCGUGAAAAAAAUAUCCGAAGAAGAGGCGGACACUUUAGCGAAAUCCCAGCGGAAAACACCGCCCCAGGGACGAGCCCAACUACCCCUCGGCGCAUCGCCGACUGCACCGCUUCGCGAGCGUCUCCGCUAUCAGUUCCCGUAUGAGCUGGAGGAAGGGUUCCCCGCAUAUAUCUGGCAGACAUGGAAGUAUACUCCAUCAUCAAUGUGGUUCGACGAAGACCUCCGGGGCCCGGAAGCUAGUUGGUCGGAGAUGCACCCUGGGUUCACGCACGAAGUGGUUCCCGAUAACACCCAAGCCCACUUGAUCAAGUAUCUGUAUGGGUCAGUCCCGGAGGUAUUUGAAGCAUAUAACUCUCUACCCCUGGGAGUCAUGAAGGCGGAUUUCUUCCGGUACUUGGUGCUGCUGGCUCGUGGCGGGGUGUACAGUGACAUUGAUACAACGGCACUUAAGCCCGCGCACACGUGGCUGCCGGAGGAAUUGGACCGGUCAACAAUUGGAUUCAUCAUUGGCAUCGAGGCUGAUCCUGACCGCCCAGACUGGCAUGAGUGGUACACGCGUCGCCUGCAGUUCUGUCAGUGGACCAUUGUCUCGAAACCGGGGCACCCAAUUCUCCGCGACAUGGUGGCUUAUGUCACAGAACAAGCAUUACGCAUGAAACAAGCCGGUAUUCUCAGAGUUGGGAAGAUGGACAGAACCAUCAUGGAAUUCACUGGUCCUGGAGCCUGGACAGAUGCUGUGUUCCGCUACUUUAACAACCCGACCUAUUUCAAUAUUCAGCCCGGUGAUAAGAACAUCACAUAUGAGGACUUCAGCCAUCAGACCACACAUCGGAAGGUUGGUGAUGUAGUGGUUUUACCGAUUACCAGUUUCAGCCCUGGUGUGGGUCAGAUGGGUGCCGGGGAUACAGAGGAUCCCAUGGCUUUUGUGAAACACAGCUUUGGUGGAACGUGGAAAACAGACCCAACGCUAUGA